CACCGCCAGCAGCCAGUGUGGGAGAGACACACGCGGCCUCCCACGGCACGCGGCCGCCUACGUCACGCGCCAGGAAUGCGAUGACGAGGGCGCGGGCCUGUGGAAAAAGGCAGAAUCCCCGAGAAAAGACGGGAGGGUUAGGGAAGACAGUGGCGGAAAAAGGGAAGCCCGACAAACUGCGAAAAGUUUGUUUUGAGAGUUCAGUGCUGGCUGGGAGCGAAACCAGGGAAGGAUUGACAAGUGGAAUUCGCACGUCUGGCCGAGCGCAACAAGUGCUGGAGGAUUGUGCGAGAUACUCAAACAUGAGAAACGUGAGCACGAGGAGACUGUAGCGAAAAGGGGCACUUCAGCAUUUAAAAGAAUUCCGAGAUGUCCGGUCCGACCUGGCUGCCACCCAAGACCAUGGGAAGUCCGGAGAGACCCGGCCCUCACGUGUCACAGGCUGGCUCUGGCUUUUACAGACCCCCUCAGAAGGUAGCCGGGGAAAGCCGGCCCAGGUACGGAGCCUACGACCAGAACGGCAGCGCCGGUGGAAUGGGCGCCAGGUUCAUGGCUGUGGGACCCUCAGGGGUCACGACAUUCCCUGAGGAUUCCGGGUCGCCUGGCUUCCGCCCGCUCUCGCCCAAGUCCAGCGACCACUAUUAUGGCUCCAAAGAGGACCGAUCCCCCUGGAAUCCGCACGUGGGCCCGUACAGCUCGCAGAACCGAGGCCCAGACAAGCCCGGAGGACACCUCGCCAGCAUCGAUGCAGAGAUCGACUCGUUGACCUGCAUGCUAGCAGACCUGGACAGUCACCCCCAGAACUCCAGAACACAGGUGUAUGACAACGUGCCUUACACUAAGCACCUCCCGGUGGAGCGAUACAAGCCUGUGACCCAGACUGCUACGCCCCCCCUGGGCCGGUCCUCCGUGGGAUAUGCCCCAUAUUCCCCCUCCCCGUACCAUCUGGGGUCUCCGUAUGCCGGGGAAGCCCCGGUUGCUGGCCCCCAGCAGGAGUACCCCUACUCCCCCCCACCAAGGCAGUACCCCCAGCCCGUGCCGGCCUCCUACAGCACUGCCUCUACCCCCAUGGGCCCUCGCUUCAGCGUACAGGUCAGGACAGCGCAGCCGGUGACCUACUCACAGCCGGGCCAGCACGCCGAGCAGGCCUAUGCCCCCCCUCCGCCUCGGCCACAGGACACCCCACACUCCUACCCUGAAGCUACCCCAGGACAGGCACCUUGGUACCCCAUCUCAUCCCGGGAACAAGAGGCUGGGGGUGUCUACAAAGGGGGUGCUGUUGGUACAGGCCCCCGGUCCAGCCAGGGAUCUCUGCCAAAGAGGAGCACUGACGUACAGCCCCCAACCCCCAGCCACGGCCCCACCUACCCCGCUGGCAAGGGGGCUGUACCAAGGCCAGAAGAGGAGCUGGAGAGGUUGACUAAGAAACUGGUGUACGACAUGAACCACCCCCACACUGAGGAGUAUUUUGGACGCUGUGCACGAUGCGGCAACAACGUGCUGGGCGACGGCAGCGGCUGUGUGGCUAUGGAGCAGGUCUUCCACGUCGACUGCUUCACCUGCAUCACAUGCCACACCCGCCUGCGCGGGCAGCCCUUCUACGCGCUGGACAAGAAGAGCUACUGCGAAAGCUGCUAUAUCAGCACACUGGAGCGCUGCACCAAGUGCUCCCAGCCCAUCCUGGACCGCAUGCUGCGCGCCAUGGGCAAGGCGUACCACCCGCGCUGCUUCACCUGCGUGGUGUGCGGCUGCUGCCUGGACGGCGUGCCCUUCACUGUGGAUGCCACGUCGCAGAUCCACUGCAUUGAGGACUUCCACAGGAAGUUCGCCCCGCGGUGCUCAGUGUGCGGUCAGGCCAUCAUGCCGGAGCCUGGCCAGGAAGAGACCGUGAGGAUCGUAGCUCUGGACCGUAGUUUCCACGUCAGCUGCUACAUGUGUGAGGAAUGUGGCCUGCUCCUGUCGUCGGAGGGGGAGGGGCGGGGCUGCUACCCGCUGGACGGUCACAUCUUGUGCAAGAGCUGCAGCGCCCGCCGGAUCCAGGACCUGUCUGCCAAAAUCUCCACCGACUGCUAGUGGUGUCCCGACGCCCCCGUUUCAGUCUGAUUUAACCUUCCUGCCCGGGAGAAAACGGCGCCCCCUGCUGACCGAGCAUGACCCAGAUGUUUGUUUAACUGGGCUGCAAAGACAUGCGUGGGCACCAGACCAUCUCAGUCAUUGUGAGGCACAGCUAUUCCACAAGAGCCUGGUCAUCACCUCCGGCUGCCUUGCAGUGGCCCUUCUGGUUUGUAUAUCCAGGACUUAUUCUGCAGCCAGCAGGAGGCACUGAAAUCUCUCAGUAAGACCCAUUUCACAUACAAAUUUGCAGCCACACUCAAGCAGCUGUUUCAUAGAUAAUCAGUGUCCGCACAGGUAGAAGACCAGAGCUAAUAUUUUGAGCGACGUAAUAGAUCUUGGGUACAGCAUGGAAAGGAUUUUUCAUGAAGGAGCAAAAGUUCCCGUGCUGUAUGUGGAGAGGUGUCCAGGUUUUAGACGUUAAGUGUGCAUCCUGUCACUGUCCCCGGUCGUGUUACUGUAAAGGUGGCUCCCGCGGCUUAUGGGAUAGGGUACUGUCUGCUGUUGGAAUAAAGUCACAGAAACACCUGAAGGGGGGGGGGGCUGCUAAUAAUGGACAAUGUCCUCUGAGCCCAACAUUCAUGGUUUUUGUUUUUCCCGUCCAUGUGAGUUAUAUGGCUUCUUAGUCCUGAAUUUGGGCUGAAUCUCUCUCCUGGAGUGUGAAAUGUUACUGGUUUUUUUUUUAAUGCUUUUUUUUUGUUUAUCAAAGCUUUUCAGUGGAAUCUAGUGGGCGAGGAGCACUUACUGAGCACUGAGAACAACUUGGUGUAACUGAGAUCCUUGUUUUCUACAUUUAGAAAUGUAGAAUAUGAAGGUUUUCCUUUGAUUGCUCAGUCAUGUAAAUGUGUGUUUUUUUUUUCCAGUUUUAUAAGUCGCAUAGAGCUGAAAGGUUUCAUUUUUUUUGUUGACUUGUUGGAGUCUGUUGCUGCAUUUUGCAUAGUUUUUGUUUGUUUUGUUUAAUCCUGGGGCAGAUGUGAGGUUUACAGAGGUCUGUGCUUCGGAGAUGCCUGUUCUGGACUGGAGUGAUGAUGUAAUAGAAAUCGUUUCUUCGACUCUGCCGAUGGAAAAAAUGUUGACUGGAAGCUCAGGGAAGACGUCUGAACCUUCUGUGCCCUGGAAUAUUUCACAUCGAUAUCAUUGAGAUAAUUAAUUGCAUUUUUUUUUUUUCAUUAAGGACAUUAUUUUGAGCUACGUGUUUUACACGAGUCUACAUGUUUUAGUGGAGUUAGUUUUGUUAGGUUUCUCCAGUACUGUGGUGUUUUUUUUUACCGUUCCCAUACUGACUGGGUGUUGUGCACCAGCAAAGCCCUACCUUUCAAUGGGGAGUGUAGAGUAGCGCCUAACAGUGUAGGAUUGUCCACCGGUUCUUGAGGUGUGCCUGUUCCCCGGCACCUUCCAGAAGGUGCUCUCUCACCCAUGGAUUGUGUCUCGUGGGCCUAAUUUGGUAGUUGUCAUGCUGAGGGCAUGUGUUUGUUCCCACAUGAAGGACCUUAACCAUAACUGCAGGCUGUUUGAGGCAAUUGUCUUUAGCUUUGGCUUAAGUUGAUUGUAGGAACCUCCCAAUAAAGCCAUUAAUUUUUA